CCCAGCUGAGCCAGACCGCGGUCCGGGAACUUGCUAGCUCAGAGGUUCUAGGGGCAGCCGGCGCGCUUCUCUAGUUGCAGCUUGGGCGGCUCCUAUGGUGGGCGGCCAGGGGCGAGCCGGGAUGGGCUAUAGACGCGCGACGUGAUCAGCUCGCACACGGACCCACGCCUCCCGUCGCACUGUCUCAAGAGUCUAUUCUGUGGGUGCAGGCACUCCCCGUACGCAGACCCUGCCGGAGCAUGCGGGGUGCGGUGUGGGCGGCCCGGAGGCGAGCGGGGCAGCAGUGGCCUCGGUCCCCCGGCCCUGGGCCGGGUCCGCCCCCGCCGCCACCGCUGCUGUUGCUGCUGUUGCUGCUGUUGCUGCUGCUGGGCGGCGCGAGCGCUCAGUACUCCAGCGACCUGUGCAGCUGGAAGGGGAGUGGGCUCACCCGGGAGGCACACAGCAAGGAGGUGGAGCAGGUGUACCUACGCUGCUCAGCAGGCUCUGUGGAAUGGAUGUACCCAACUGGGGCGCUCAUUGUUAACCUACGGCCCAACACCUUCUCACCUGCCCAGAACUUGACUGUAUGCAUCAAGCCUUUCAGGGACUCCUCUGGGGCCAAUAUUUAUUUGGAAAAAACUGGAGAACUAAGACUGUUGGUGCGGGACAUCAGAGGUCAACCUGGCCAAGUGCAGUGCUUCAGCCUGGAGCAGGGAGGCUUAUUUGUGGAGGCAACACCACAACAGGACAUCAGCAGAAGAACCACAGGCUUCCAGUAUGAGCUGAUGAGUGGGCAGAGGGGACUGGACCUGCACAUGCUGUCUGCCCCUUGUCGGCCUUGCAGUGACACUGAGGUCCUCCUUGCCAUCUGCACCAGUGACUUUGUUGUCCGAGGCUUCAUUGAGGAUGUUACCCAUGUACCAGAACAGCAAGUGUCAGUCAUCUACCUGCGGGUGAGCAGGCUCCACAGGCAGAAGAUCAGGGUCUUCCAUCCAGCUCCUGAGGACAGUGGCCACUGGCUGGGCCAUGUCACAACACUGCUGCAGUGUGGAGUACGACCAGGACAUGGGGAAUUCCUCUUCACUGGACAUGUGCACUUCGGGGAGGCACAGCUUGGAUGUGCUCCACGCUUUAGUGACUUUCAAAGGAUGUACAGGAAAGCAGAAGAAAUGGGCAUAAACCCCUGUGAGAUCAAUAUGGAGUGACUUGCAGGUUGACACAUGUUGUCCUUCAAAUGAGCCACGGUUUGUGGUCUCAAUUGCUCUAUCAAAUCCUGAUAAGGAUUGCAGACUGGUGGCAUGGGCCCAGCCUGGUGCUUGAACUGGGAAGGUACAUACUGCUCUGACCCCUUAGGUCCCAGCCAAGGAUGCCCUGACCCAUUGGAAAUGCUGUAAAAUGCAAACUAAGUUAUUAUAUUUUUUUUUUUUUUUGUAAAAGAUGCCUUGGUGUGCCUUUUAAUAGUGUUUUUACAAAGUUAUUUUCAGCCACUGGAUUUGGCCUGAUAUAUUGGUGUGGGAGCUAGGUUAUGAUAUAUUGAUGGGAGCUAGUGAUGGUUAUGGGUCUUCUAUGGCUAUGGCUCAGCCUUGUUAUUCUUGUGAUAGAAAUGUAUGGAACAAAUACUUUUUAAUUUUCCCUUCAUUUUUUUUUCUAUUUUAAAAGACCAUCUUUCCAAUUGAGAACCUUUUCAGACUGUAUGGAGACUGCUCCCAUUCCAGAGAGUAAAGACCAGGAUCUUGAGACCAAUAUUACAUCCAUCUUAACCCAUCAGAAGGGUCCCUGCAUUGAACCUUCUCUGUUCAGCUGUGGCCUGCUGUCCCAAGACCUUUUGCUCACUGGACUAGAUGAUGCUGCCUAGCUUUAGGCAGAUGCUCUUCCCUGGCUCCUACCAGGCCACUGUUGCUUUCUGCAUCUGUCCACACCUUUCCCACUGAACCUGUCUUGUCCUUUGACCCCGAGUUUCCCCAAAUGCACACAGCAAGUCCCCGAAUACCAAGUAACUAACCUACUUAAUGGCCCAUUUCUUCAGAGGGUGUGGGUUUUCUUUAUGAUAGGAAAAUCCCACUAAUUGAAGUUUAAACAACAGGCUUUCCUUCAUACAAUCCUGGAAGCCAGAAUGGGUGUGAGUAGAAUCACAUUUCCUCUGGAGACUCCAGGAGAGACUUUAUAGCUUCUGGUGACUCCAGGAAUCCUUGACUUGUGAUGAUUUUACUCUGGUGUUGGUGUUGCUUUUCCUGCCAUGUGUCUUCUGCCUUGUAUGUGUAGGUCUGUGUCAAAUUUCUGUCUUGGGAAGUUACAGAUCAUUGAUUUAGGCCCACCCUGGUGACCUCAUCUUUACCUGAAAUUUACUCUAUUUCCAUUUAGGUCAGAGGCAAAGGCUGCAAAAAAUAUCAAAUCUGGAGAGAGCUUCAGUGGUUAGGCACUUGCUUCUCUUACAAAGGACCUGUGUUUAAUUCCCAUGUUGGGAAUUCAUGUUAGGUGGCUUAUAGCUACAAUUCCAGGGGAUCUAGCAACCUCUUCUACACACACACACACACACACACACACACUUAAAAACAAAACAAAACAAAAAAACCAAAGAAUAUUCGUUCCAAUAUAGGGAGCUGGGGGUGGCCUGCAUUUCAGCUCUGUGUCCUAGCUCAUGGGCCCUGUCCUGUUAGAGUCCUGGCUGGGACUUCAUCGGUUCUUGGAGUUGCUGCCUCCUGUUCAAGUUCUAACAACUCUGUGGCCUUUACCAGUUCCUAAGACAUGUUGGGGUAUCCCCUCCCCCUCCAGCUAUGGGCCUCAGGGGUAAACAGACCCAAUAAUUGUGUUUAUUUAUUCAGCAGGUGCUUCUUCCCAUGCAGCUUCUGAGGCAAGACCUAGGAGAGAUUGAUAUAGCCAAUGAGCACCAAGCUGGUGUGCUAGUUUAGGUGUGCACACUCUAGUAUGUGCCAGCUCAAUUUGCGCUGGUACAGGUCUGCAGGUCACAACAAGAAACAGGUGCCCAUGGGUGAGGAUGCGAAGCAGUAGUUUGUGAAGGGCUGGGCCCCACCAUGGCUGGUGAUUAGGAUACCUUAUGCUAGCAGGACUAGGUCACACAGAUGCCAUGCCCAGUUGAGCCCCUCCCAGUUCCUCCUCUCAGCCUACAGGGAAGCUGCAGAACAGGAUUGGUGUGCUGGCCACCACCUGUCUCUGCAGGAGAUUGGGGUCAGCCUUGCUUGAUUCAGGUGAGUGGCAACAGGGAGUGAGGCUGCUUGCACAAGAUGAGAGCGAGCAAGGCUUCCCAGGUGUGAAAGUAGCCUCUUUGAUAGAAUCUUUGCUGGAGCUGGCAGGGCCCAAGGGGCUGAAAGGUACUGACAUCACUUGUAGACAACUUAUAUUUAACAGAUAUGUGUAGGUGGACACCUGGUUCCUUGUAGGAGUUUCUUUUUCCAUGGCUGAGGCUGGUUAACUACUGGAACAGAACCAGAGUUGGGGAAGAGCCAUCACAUUGGGUGAAAGCUGCCUCCCUAGAGAAUAUACACCAUGAAGUAGUGGGCGCUACUCUCUGACUCCUUUCAGGGGAGCAAUGUAGAAGCUCAAGUCCUGGCCCACCUGUGCCCCAAAUUUCACCAUUUUUUACCAAAAUUCACAUACUUUACUGCCUCCAUACUGCCCCCUUCUGUAUUCUCCCCUCAUUCCAUAUCCUUCUCCCCUUUAUUGUCCUCCCCCUCCCUUGUUCCAGUCCCAUACACAGCCCCCAACUGUUUCCUCUCCCUGGACUGGCUUCUGCCUCCUUUGUCCCUUUCUCUUGUUUCCUCCAGCUGCUUUGUGUCCUACCCCUGUACUGUCCCCAUCUCCCUCACUGUCCCACUUCUCUGCACUGUCCCCUUCUCCUGCAACAUCCUCUCUGCUGCCUUUUCCUUCAUCCCACUGACCUGAUCCCUGUACUGUCUCUGUGACUUGCUAGUACUGUUUCCUCUACUGUCCGCCCCCCCCCCAUACUGUCUGCUCUCUUUGCACUGUCCCCUGUCCCUUUACUGCCUACUCUUGCUCCCUUUCCUGUUGCCUUAUCCUAAGUCCUGGGCUGUAGGUGCCAAGAUCACACACUGUAGUUCUUCUUCUUCCUUUUCUCUUUUAAACCUAUGGACCAGACCUCACUGUUGAUUGUAUCUCCUGUCUGCGUUCGGCUCACAGGCCCUGUUCUUAGAGUUGCUGCAUUCUGGUCAAGUUCUGAGAACUGUGUGGCCCUUCCCAGUUCCUCAAGCACACUGGGAGAGUCCAACUUCUUUGGGAGGCUGUGACUUGCCAAGUUUAUGAUACAAGGACAGUCUCCUGUACAUGGGUAACCCUCUCCAUCCUCACCAACUGGGGCUUCAUGUUACAGAUAGGAAGUGGAAACAUUCGUGAGUGCUGGUUAGGCCUCCUUCUAAUGGCUGUACACCCCAAGGCAUUCAGUUGUGGCUGGCUACUUCUCCUUGGCAAACAGGCAAACCCAUCCCUGAACUGUCCCUACCCUUGCUCUGUCCUCUCCACCCCCACCCCCACUUCCAGCCAGUCCCUGAUAUGUCCUGGACCUCAUUUCCUGCCUUGUGGUACCUGCUUAGGAAGAUGAAUGUGACAUGCCACAGGAAUACAGCAGAACCCACCCACCCUGUGGGACACUAGGAUGAGGGAAAUAUUGAGCUGUGUCCCUAUCUUGCUGUGGUCAUUUCAUAUUGAUCUGGUCCCAGGGUAGCCAAAAAUCCAGGUAGGUGAGCUAACCUCAUAUAGACCCUAUCAACCCUAGGAUUUCUCUUCUGCCUGCCUGCCUGGGAGUAGAUAAGCAGUUUUCCCAAGAAAAUAUUCAUCAUUUUGACCUCUUAAAAUUGAUCACAAGCUUUUGUCAUCACAUUUUUCUUAGGAAAAGUGGCUUAAUGUGGUGCCUCUGUGGUAGAGAAAAGGAAUGCCUUGCUUGCCCUAAGAACUUAGAGCCACAGACUCACAGAUCUGCCUGCGGGUCACUUGCUGUGGCAUUACCAUUGCUGCCUUCAUGAGCCAGGCUGGCCUGGCCUCCAUUGGUGUUCCUCCCCUAUCCCCAGGGUCACCAGUACUCUACCUUCUAGAAGUUUCCACAGCCUGCCAGAGUGGCAGCACCAUGCCUCUGGCCUCCAGCCUUCUUCUGCCUGUCCUGCCACUUAGGUUUAAACUCUGACUCCUGCAGGUAUGUUGUACUGUGAGCACCCAAUAGUUAAGUUGUACUGUGAGCACCCAAUAGUUAUGUUGUACUGUGAGCACCCAAUAGCCUGAGUAGUUUUUGACCCACAGCCCAUGUAUCCUACUUCUGGAAGGUUCUGAGUAUUCUAGGUCAGAGCAGAGACCCUGUGUUGGUCUCUGGAAUGUGUGGUGAGCAAGUCCCACCCAGAGUCUCUUAGUGGGGCCAUGAUUUCUUAAAGCAGUUAAAACCUUUCCCCAUACCAGUUUUUAAAAGGAUUUCCCCCAUAACUAUUAAAUGAAUGCUAUUGAGACUAUGUUUUUAAAUAUCAAAAAGUGUAGAAAAGGUGAGACAAACACUUCUGAGUAGCAUGUUCACCAAGAUUGUGCCAGUGUCUUUUUAAUCAUGACACUCAACUCCCUACAGCUAGUCUCUGGCUAACCUGUGGUCGCUAGCUUUGACAUCCCAUAACCCUGUGCUUAUGGGUUUCCUUAGGAGCAUAGAUAUGAGAUUGCCAGGCAGAGCACACAGGCCUGAAUUAGUUUUUAAUGAUUCUUCUGCUUCCUGUUCUGGAACCAACCAGUGCUUGAACCUCGGAACAGCAAAAGGUUCUAAAUAGCAAUUUCUGUUUCUCUGAUUCAUAACAGUUGUGUUUCUCCCUCCUUCUGAAUCCUGUCCUUCAUUUACAUGGCCCUGAAGUCCUGUCCUGAUUCUGGGGCCUAGCAUGCAAAGGAAGUAGUUUAUUCUUGAUCCUCCAAUGAUCCUGCUGUAGGCACAGGGCCCUGUAAAGUGUAAGCCUGGAGAUGUAUGUGCUUCCAGAAGCUGGAACAGGUAAAGAACCAGGCAGGAUCCAGGAACCAAGCCUGCAAUAUCCUAGGUUCAGGCUACUGUGAUUUUGUUCAAACUUUUGACUUCUAGAGACCCAUGACUUCCUGUCUGUGUUGUAGGUCUCUGAGUUGGUGGUGAUAAAUUAGUCAUGAUCUGAGUCCUUGCCAAUGAAAUGAGGCUCUCAAAUACUUCCUCAGCUGGGAGGACUUCUGUAGAAUUCCUGUGGCUGGGAAAGAAGGAAGACUGGCUGUUGGGAGAGCCUGGCACUGAGGCCAAGUGUCCAGCAAGGCCUGAAGGGCCAGGCUGCCGCAGCUCCUGAACCACAUUAUCUAGAAGGACCUGUUUAGGGCUUAGAGGUGCUCUGGUCUUACAGGUAGAGGUGGGAAGUCCUCAUUAGUGCUAUAGCUGUAAUCUAGGCUGCCACUGAGGUGUGGUGGGAACUGAUCCCAGACAGACUAUGCAUGUCUUUCUCCAGAGUAAAUUUGGGGACAGCAUCUCCUAGAGUGUUAUUAGUAGGAGUUAGUGGUAUCUAGAUCCAGCCUGGGUGUGCCCAUCCCAUUGUCCACCUCUGACCACAAUAAACCUAUUAUUAUCAUGGGUGGAAGACAGGUUACUUCAGCUACAGAUACCCGGUCUAUGGGACUGCCAUUUUGUGUUUGUAGGAUGAGAAUAUGAAGACAGUCCGGGAGCUUUCCAGAGAGAGACUUGACUAUCUCUGGGACCUGUUUAAUAAAGGUCCAGA